GGACAGGCGCGCGCAUUUUGCGCAUGAAAUAGAUUGGCGAUCCAUAAAAUGAGAUUUAAAAACUCCAUUCAAAUAAGAGCUCGCUACGUCUGCACUUAUCUGAGGGAGAGAAAAAAAAGAGGGAGGGAGGGAUGGAAGGAGCAGAGGGAGGGAGGGAAGAAGAGAGAGAGAGAGAGAGAGAGAGCGCGCGCGCUGUUUGGUGUGCAGUUUGUAGCAGAGGGGUGAGAUUUGAGAAAUAGGAGGGGCUUCUAAACGACUAGAAAUGUCAAUCUGAGCAAGGGAGUCCCAAUAAUCUAAAGCAAUCUGUAAGGACCUGACCUUAGUCCAUCCAGAUCAAUAGGGAAGUGAGGGUGGAAAGAAGAAGAAGAAGAGGAGGAAGAAGAAAUAAGGGGAUCGUUUACACUGGCUGUUCCCGAGGAAAUAUAGACUUCCCGUGCGUGCACCCUUUUGUUGCGCACAUGCUCACACUGUAAAAGUGGAUAUCGAGGCAAUUCCAAUUGCUCUGUGAGGUUGCAGCAGACUUUUCCCUCUUUUUCCCCCACCAACAUGUCUUUCCCUCAGCUGGGAUAUCAGUACAUCCGACCGAUAUACCCGCCGGAGCGCCAGGGGAUCGCCAGCAAUGCCCGCGCUGGGACAGACCUCAGUCCGUCGGGCGCACUCUCCAACGUCCUCUCCACUAUGUACGGAUCUCCUUUCGCCGCAGCCGCGCAGGGCUACGGAGCCUUCCUCCCUUACACAAACGAUAUAUCUAUUUUCAACCAGCUGGGGGCUCAGUAUGAACUGAAGGACAGUCCCGGCGUCCAGCACCCCGGGUUCGCCCACCAUCACCCUGCUUUUUACCCAUAUGGUCAGUAUCAGUUCGGUGACCCGUCCAGACCCAAAAAUGCCACCAGGGAGAGCACCAGCACUUUGAAGGCCUGGCUGAGCGAGCACCGCAAGAACCCCUACCCCACCAAGGGCGAGAAGAUCAUGCUGGCCAUCAUCACCAAGAUGACCCUCACCCAGGUGUCCACCUGGUUCGCCAACGCGCGGAGGAGGCUAAAGAAGGAGAACAAGAUGACCUGGGCCCCGCGGAACCGCACCGACGAAGAGGGGAAUGUUUACAGCAGCGAUCACGAGGGGGAGGAGGGGGACAAGAGGGAGGACGAGGAGGAAAUCGACCUGGAGAACAUCGACACGGAAAAUAUUGAGAGCAAGGACGACUUGGACGACCAGGACGACCUGCAUUCAGACAGCAAACUGGACGGGAGGAGUGACUCGGAGAUUUCUGACGGCUAUGAGGAUUUACAAGAGCCGAGGUUUCUAAAGGCUGUGGGGAAGGACAGAGACGCGCAGAGAGGAGGGGAGCACUUCCAUCACCACCACCACGCUUCCAUGGACAUCAAGGCGUCCCAGCCCAACGGGGAGCCGCUUAAACUGAACCCGGCGCCCGCGGGUGACAACAACCCGGCCCCGGCCCAGAAACCAAAGAUCUGGUCUUUGGCAGAGACAGCCACGGCCCCGGACAACCCGCGCAAAUCCCCGCAGAUGAACGGCGCCGCUCAGACACUCAUCACCCCGCACAGACUCAUCUCUUCCUGUCCCAUUGGGAAAAUCCAGAACUGGACGAACCGAGCCUUUUCGGCGCACCAGCUGGCUUUACUGAACUCCAAUCAUUAUCUGGGACUGGCGAACCAGGCCGCAGCCACCGGCCUGGCGCUCUACAGCAGCAGCAGCAGCAGCAGCAGGCAAACGGACGACAAGAGUCAUAGUUCAGAGACUCCAGUCACAGGUACAUGUCCCCGACACUGAGACGCGCAUGUGUACAAAAAAGUCCAACAAAGACACUCGUAAAAAGUCUUUUACACCCCACUUUGUCUCCUUUUCUUUCUCUCUUUUUCUUUUGAGGCCACAAAUGAUCACUUUCAGCUGACAGCGUGUGUGUGUGUCUGCUUUGAAUAAAAAAAUAAUAAUUUAAGUCAAACAUUUCCCCAUUUAAAUGUUGAUUAAACAUAAUUAUGUGUUAAAUAAAUACAAUAAUGUGGAAGUUUAUUUUAAAUUUCUUAUAGUGCCUUGGAUCAAGGAGGGGGGCAGCUUAAUGACAUUUGGGAAUUUCAUUACAUUGUUUUUCUAAUUUUAAAAGCCGAAUUUACCCAAAGGAAAAAAAAGAAUAAAUGGGUUCUUGGAUGUUGUAGCUCCAUGCGCUCACGCGCGCACUGAUAUUGUUCUGGAAAGGCCUGCGUCACUCGUUUGGUCAUCAAGCUCCACGUUGAAAGGCAAUUGUCACUUUUAGAUCACAGAACCUUUUUUUUAUAGAAUUAAUUCUCCCCCUUUCCAUUCCAUUUAGGCCUCAACAAUUAUUUCCCAUCAUCCUUUGUUUUUUCCUCCUCUUCUUUUCAUUUUAAUUGAAAUAUGGAAUGUAAAAUAAGAAUUAUACAUCUCUGUAUAUCCUACUUACAUUGUAAGCAUGUCCUGUGUAAAAUUGCUAAUGUAAUAAUGUAUGAACUUGUAGUCUGUGCGUUUUUUUUCGUUUUUUUUGUCCAUUUUUUGUAAGUUCUGUGAGGAUUCGAUGUUAAAAUGUUUUGUAUAUAAAGUUAAGAAUAUGUACAUACUUGUGAACCAAAUUGUACAAGAAAGUCUAUAUUUUUGGCUAAUAAAUGAACUGCUGCAACUUAAA